GUGCUUGCGGAGUUCCUGCGGGAUAACAACAUCAAGGCGGAUGGAUGCAUCGUUGGGGAACCCACAGGAAUGACUGUCUGGACCGGUCACAAGGGUCGGAGCGAAUAUCAUGUUCGUGUGCGUGGGAAGGCCGUGCACUCAUCUUGUGCGCUGACCGACCAAGGUUGCAACGCCAUUGACUAUGCCACGAAGUUCAUUGCGAAGAUCCGUGAGAUUGGGGAAGAGUUCCGCCGCAGCGGUCACCGUGAUAAAGACUUUCAUGUACCCUUCACGACGCUGUCUACCAACCUCAUCAAGGGAGGCAACGCCGUCAACACUGUCCCAGCCGAGUGUGAGUUCUCCUUCGAGUUCCGCAACCUUCCACAGGACACUGCGGCCACAAUCGACGGGCGCCUGCGAUCAUACGUGGACAAUGAGCUGCUGCCAGCCAUGAGA